UGGAACCUGUACUUUAGUGUUACUGUGACUGAGCCGCGCCGCGGAGGUGACACGCGCCCGCAGGAAGGGAGGGAGGAGCGCGCGCGCACCUACUGCCUGACACGGCGCCAGAAGCAGCGCGGCGGGACGGAGAGCAGCCGCGCGACCAUGGCUCUGAUGGGGAGGGUGGCGCUGGUGACCGGGGGGGCGCAGGGCAUCGGCCGGGCGGUGGUGGAGGCGCUGCUGCGGAGCGCCGCGAAGGUCUCCGUCGUGGACAUCAACCAGAACUGCGGAGACUCCUGCAAGUCCGAGCUGGACGCCGAGUUCGGAGGCGGCAGCUGCGCCUUCAUCCAGUGUGACGUCACCGACGGAGACGCUCUGAGAGCAGACGCCUUCCAGAAGACUGCAGACCUGUUCGGACAUCUGGACAUCGUCAUCAACAACGCCGGCAUCAACAACGAGAAGAACUGGGAGAAGACCAUCGGCGUCAACCUGACCUCGGUGAUAAAGGGAACCUACCUGGGCCUGGAGCACAUGAGCCGGGAGUACGGCAAGCCGGGAGGGACCAUCAUCAACGUGUCCUCCAUGGCAGCCUUCAUGCACUCGCCUCACCAGCCGGUUUACACCGCCACCAAGCACGGCGUCAUCGGCUUCACCCGCGCCAUGGCGGACGCGUCCGUUCUGGGGAAUUACGGCGUCCGCAUCAACGUGCUGUGCCCCGCCUUCGUGGACACGCCCCUUCUGCAGUCGGUGGAGGAGGAGGACAACAUGGGCAAAUUCGUCAAGUUCAAGGAAGACUUCAAGCGCAGCAUGGACAAGUUCGGAGUUCUCCAGCCGUCGCUGAUUGCCGAGGGGAUGAUGAGGCUGAUCACAGACACCGCCCUGAACGGCGCCGUCAUGAAGAUCACCUGCUCCAAAGGAAUCCACUUCCACACGUACGAGCCCAUGUCCGCCGGAGCCCGGGCCAGAGCCGGCCCAAGAGAGGAACUUCCUGCUCCAGAACUUUCUGCUUCAUGUGAGCAAAAACCCGAUUUUAUGAAUGAAAAGACGUUCACGCCCACAAACACCAGACCGUCUUCUGGACCAGCAGCUGUGGACGCUCCUCGGCCUCAGGCGUCGCCGUGGAUCUUCUCUUUUUACUGUCUCGGACAUUUUGAACAAAUUCUGAACAAAAACCCAACAGUUCUGCUGUUUCUGGUUCUUUGGGUUUCAUGAGUCAAAGUCCAACAAGUAAAGAAUCUGUGAAUGUUG